AUGCGCGCAAACUUCACGCGCGCGCCGUCGCGCGGGCCGUCGACGUCGACUUCGGGCGCGGCGAGUCGCGCGGCGCGCGCGCGCAGCGCGGGCGACGGCGAGUGCGCGUUCACCGACGCGAACGACCGCGCGGUUGAAAAGUUUUGGAGAAAUUGGACGGGCGCCGCGCACUGCCGACAAAUCGUCACGAAAUCAUCGCGCGAAUCGCUGUAUCGCGAUCCAGCGCGAUUGGAAUCGAAAGUGCGCGCGCUGUUGCGCGUGUUCCCGGUGGAUGGCGACGGAAAUUGCGGCUCGCACGGGUUGGACGUGCCGGCGUCCGCGGCGCGAGAGCCGAGGCUGUUGGCGCUGCGCGAGGACGAAUUCGUAAAGCGCGUGUUGAUGGUGAAACGAUGCGUGGCGGGGAUCUCAGGGCGGCAGAUAACGCUCGCACCGGGACUGCUGCUGUGCGAUGGGCGAGCGCUGGAAGAAGCGAUGCGCGGGUUGGAGGAGACGCUCGGCGCGGCGGAGGCGAGAGACGCGGUGGCGAAGCAGCCGGAUCGUUUGUUAGAGCUCGUGGGUUUUUAUGGGGUGGGGGACGACGCGGAAGAAGAGGAGCGUGAUAUUGGACGCGCGAUGCGACAUUACGCGCGCGCGGUACCGCCCGUCAGUGACGCGCGAGCCGUGGAACAGCGCGUGGCGGCGAGGGAGUUGGGGGCGAAGAAAUUUCACGUCGGCGAAUCGGGCGCGAUUUGA